AUGGAGGGGGCGGCGGCGGCGGGUGAGGGGGUGAAGGUGUCGUUUGGGUUUGCCAAGAGCAAGCCCUCGCGGCCCAAGCAGGCGGUGGCUGGGUUGGGGGAAACGGAGGAGACAGAGGAUGCCGACCACCAGAAAGCACAGGGCGAUGCCAUUACCGAGUUUACGCGUGCUGGCGCUACGCUGGCACAGCCGCGUGAGGCGCCCAAGGAGGUGAUCAUCCCCUUGCUCAAGGUGAAUCAAUGGCGCACGGGGGACGCCGAGACCGGGGCGGGGACCGGGGUCGAGGGCGACGAGGAACCCAAGGCCGGCGUUGGCAAGGCUGCCACCGACGUGAAUGACGAUGACCAGCGGGCUUUGGCGGCGUUGCAGGCUGACGCCGACAACGUGCAGCAGGGUGAGACGCCCGCAGACAUUGACGCCAUCCCGCUUCUCAUGCAAAAUCGUGCCCCGGGCACCGAACGCCUUGAUGAUGCGGAAAAGUUCAAGCGCGACAUGCAACUCCGCCCGGCCGAGCUCUCCCUCCAAGAGUAUGAUCGUGUGCCCAUUGAGCAAUUCGGCACGGCUAUGCUGCGCGGCAUGGGUUGGCAAAAGGGCGAGGCCAUCGGCGGUACAAACAAGGGCCUCGUUGAACCGAUAGAGUUUGUGCCCCGACCCUCUGGCCUGGGCCUCGGCGCCACCCGGGACCUGUCCCUCAAACCCGAUCACCGAUACCAACGCAAAGCCAUCAAUAAACCCGGCGAGACGCAUCGAGAAGUCGCGCAGCUUGCCGGCAAAGUCGAUGCCAGUGGCAAGGUCCGCCACAUCCGCGGUGUAUCCGAGACCUUGUACGAGAAGGAGGACCUCACCGUCAAGCGCGACCGCCGCGUUCACAUUGUCCAAGGCCCCCAUCGUGGUCAGGUUGGAACCAUCACCCGCAUGUACAAUCUUAUGGUCGACGUUCGCUUAGCCAGCAGUGACACUGUCGUGGCUUGCGAUGAAAGCGCCGUCAACGUUUUGCCCCGUGCCCAAGCGCGCACCGUAUGGGCUGCCAUCGACAAGGGCUACUCGCCGCGCGAGGCCCUUGCCCGUGCUGGCAUUGAACUCCCCCCCACUAGCUCCUCCAAAUCAGGUCGUGAUGGCUCUCGCAAGAACGACACGAGCCCUCGUCAGAGUAGCGAGCCCCCCGCCAAGGCUUCAAAAACCUCUUCCCGCCACCGUUCCAGCCGUCACACGUGGGUGGUGCCAGAUAUUCGGGUGCGGAUCGUCAGUCAAAAGUACAAAAAGGGCAAGUAUUAUAACGUCAAGGCCGUCGUCAUGGAUGUGCUGGCCCGCGAUCAAAUCACCGUUUCUACAGAGGGACGCCUCCUCGAAGACCUUUACGACAGUGAGCUGGAAACAAUCGUGCCGCGUCAGCCCAAGGCACCUGUCAUGGUGCUACGGGGAGAGUUUGCAGGCCAACGUGCGCGCAUUCUGGAACGCGACUCCAAGCAAGAAUUGGUCACGGUCCAAUUAGCGGAUGGUAAUGUUGCUGCUUGCACCUUCGAUGAUGUUUCCGAGUAUGUGGGACAGAGUGGCUUUGAAGAUUGGGAGUAG